CUGCCGCUGAGCUGAGCGCUGGGCUGGGCAGAGCGGGGCUGGGGCCGGUGGGCAGCUGCUGCCUCCCCUCCCGCCCAUCUAUUUUUAAUGAGCUCCCCAGGCGUCCGCAGCGCUCAGGAUGCAGGAAGGCAGGCCCCGGCGGUGGAGGCUGCAGGCCCCGGCCCUGCCUUGAGUCCUGGCCCCCCCACCCUUCUGGGCAUGAGAGGGCAGCCCUGGGGCCCCACAGCCCCCCAGCCGGGCAGGGCUCUCCAUGCAGCUGGUGCUGAAGAUGGACUCAAGCCCAGACAAUGACAGCUGGUUGGAGGAUCAGUGGGAGCACUGGCUCACCCAUGACAUCAGCCUGGAGGAGUUUGAGGAUGAAGACCUAUCAGAGAUCACUGAUGAGUGUGGCAUCAGCCUGCAGUGCAAAGACACCCUGUCCCUACGGCCCCCGCGCACCGGGCUGCUGUCUGCGGGCGGCGGCAGCGCGGGGAGCCGGCUGCAGGCAGAGAUGCUGCAGAUGGACCUGAUCGACGCGGCGGGGGACACUCCUGGCGCGGAGGACGACGAGGAGGAGGACGAUGAGGUUCGCGCGGCGCGGCGGCUGGGAGCAGGGCCGCCCCAGGCCGAGUCCGGCCAGGAGCCAGCGCCCCGCGGCCAGGGCCAGAGCCAAGGCCCGGGCAGCGGGGACACGUACCGGCCCAAGCGGCCCACCACGCUCAACCUCUUUCCGCAGGUGCCGCGAUCUCAGGACACACUGAAUAAUAAUUCUCUUGGCAAAAAGCACAGUUGGCAGGAUCGGGUGUCUCGGUCGUCCUCACCCCUGAAGACAGGGGAACAGACGCCGCCACAUGAACACAUCUGCCUGAGCGAUGAGCUGCCACCUCAGGGCAGCCCUGCCGCCACCAAGGAUCGAGGCACCUCCACUGACAGCCCUUGUCGCCGCAGUGCUGCCACCCAGAUGGCACCUCCAGGUGGCCCUCCUGCUUCCGCACCUGGUGGCCUGGGCCACUCCCAUCGAGACCGAAUCCACUACCAGGCGGACGUGCGGCUAGAGGCCACCGAGGAGAUCUACCUGACGCCGGUGCAGCGGCCUCCAGACCCCGCAGAGCCUGCCUCCGCCUUCUUGCCGCCCGCCGAGAGCCGCAUGUCCGUCAGCUCUGACCCAGACCCCGCGGCCUACCCUUCCGCGGCAGGGCGGCCUCACCCCUCCAUUAGUGAAGAGGAUGAGGGCUUUGACUGCCUGUCAUCCCCAGAGCGGGCUGAGCCACCAGGCGGAGGAUGGCGGGGGAGCCUAGGGGAGCCCCCGCCACCUCCAAGGGCCUCGCUGAGCUCCGACACCAGCGCCCUGUCCUACGACUCGGUCAAGUACACCCUGGUGGUGGACGAGCAUGCGCAGCUGGAGCUGGUGAGCCUGAGGCCCUGCUUUGGAGACUACAGUGACGAGAGCGACUCGGCCACCGUCUACGACAACUGUGCCUCCGCCUCCUCGCCCUAUGAGUCGGCCAUUGGGGAGGAAUACGAGGAGGCCCCGCGGCCGCGGCCCUCCACCUGCCUCUCGGAGGACUCCACGCCCGACGAGCCUGACGUCCACUUCUCCAAGAAGUUCCUGAACGUCUUCAUGAGCGGCCGCUCUCGCUCCUCCAGUGCAGAGUCCUUUGGCCUGUUCUCCUGUGUCAUCAACGGGGAGGAGCAGGAGCAAACCCACCGGGCCAUAUUCAGGUUUGUGCCUCGACAUGAAGACGAACUUGAGCUAGAAGUGGAUGACCCUCUGCUGGUGGAGCUGCAGGCUGAGGACUAUUGGUACGAGGCCUACAACAUGCGCACUGGUGCCCGAGGCGUCUUUCCUGCCUACUACGCCAUUGAGGUCACCAAGGAGCCCGAGCACAUGGCAGCCCUGGCCAAAAACAGCGACUGGGUGGACCAGUUCCGGGUGAAGUUCCUGGGCUCAGUGCAGGUUCCCUAUCACAAGGGCAAUGACGUCCUGUGCGCCGCUAUGCAAAAGAUUGCCACCACCCGCCGGCUCACCGUGCACUUUAACCCGCCCUCCAGCUGCGUCCUUGAGAUCAGCGUUAGGGGUGUGAAGAUAGGUGUCAAGGCCGAUGACUCCCAGGAGGCCAAGGGGAAUAAAUGUAGCCACUUUUUCCAGCUAAAGAACAUCUCCUUCUGUGGAUACCAUCCAAAGAACAACAAGUACUUUGGGUUCAUCACCAAACACCCUGCCGACCACCGGUUUGCCUGCCACGUCUUUGUGUCUGAAGACUCCACCAAAGCCCUGGCAGAAUCCGUGGGGCGAGCCUUCCAGCAGUUCUACAAGCAGUUUGUGGAGUACACCUGCCCCACGGAGGACAUCUACCUGGAGUAGCAGCGCCGCCCUGCCCUCCGCACCCCCUGGGCCCUCUGGCCGGGACAGCUGGCUGCUGACGGGACGUGGCUCUGCUCUGGAGGAGGACCACCACCAGAUGGGGAAGUGGGGCUCUUGGCCCAGGGUGGGGAGGGCAGGGGUGACAGGGAGAAGCAGACGCAGUUUAUUGUAACAUAUGGGACUAGAUUCAUCUAUGGAGGACAGAGCGGGCUGCCCGGGGAUUGGGAGGGGCAGGGCUGGGCCGUCGGGCUCUGGCUGUGAAGGAUGUACCUCUGGGAGCAGGGGCUCUGCCCGGCCUGGGCUUACUUGCUCUGCCAGGGGCUCUGGCUCUGGCUCUUGGCUUCAUGAAGCCCGUGCCACCUGCAAAUGCCCACCUUCCCCCGACCCCAACCCCCAUCAAGCACCCUUAGCUCUGGCCGAGCCCGGCCACCUCCUAAGGACUCUCUAGGAAGGAAAUGGCAGCAGGUGGAGGUGAAGUCCCUGUUCGCAGCUGCCGUGGGGCCUCUGGGUGGCUUCCACCUCCAACCUCACUAGUACGCCGGUCCCUGGCAGGCUUGGGAGCUCCCAGGGAAGCAGCAGCCUCCAGCAGGCCCUGCCCAGCAGGGACAGACCUCCCAAUGCCCAGGCCAGCUUGUCAUGGUCUUGUCACCCUGGCCACAACAAUUAAAGUGCCAUUUCCUGUCUGGA